CCUUAUAAAGCCGCAGCUCGGAAAUUUUUGAGCUGUAAUUCUGGGAGAAGGAAAAAAGAAGCAUAUGCGUAGAGAGAGGAUUGAGAAGAAGAGAGUCAAGAGUUUGGAUCAAUUUCGAGGGCUUACAGAAAUCUCAUGAAUAACUGAUGCCCAUCCUUCUAGCAUGGACUCGCAUCAGCUUUUCAGAUGUGGAUUGACUGGUGCAGAUGCGUCCUCUGAAUUCCCUUCUCCAAGAACUCUAGCACACAGUGAAUGGGCAUUGGGUUCCAUUAAACUUGGUCUAGGAAACUCACCCAAUUCUCCUCUUUCCAGCCAGUUCGAUUGCGAUACUUUGUCUAUACUAAGCAGCAGCCAGGAGCAGUAUAGCUCCACAGAGACCAUCUCAGGAGUUAGCCCUUCUCAGUACUCACCACUAGAAACCAACAGCUCAUUCAAGCAAACCCACAUUCAUCCUGCAGAGAGUAUCCAGGUACCAUCUAAUUCAUUUUAUGCAGUUUCCAAGCAAAGCAUGAGGCGUGCUCUACAAAAAAUUGAGUCUGUUCUUAUGGCCCCUGAUACUGAUGAUGCAACAACUAGUACAAAUGUGGAGUCUGACGAAAACAAACAGCUUCAGUUCACAAAGCAGCGAUCAAGGACCUGGAGCCAUGAGUCUCAAAUGGAACCACCUGCUCUCAUCCGGCCCCAGUCCACUUCUGGUAGAUUUCCAAAAGCAAGUCAUGAAGUCCAUCCUGAGAAACGUCUGAGAGAGAUGAAGGAAUUUUCAGAGAGUGACGUGAAACAGAUGUUGAUAAGGUGUGCCGAAGCUUUGUCUGAGGACAAGAUAAAUGAAUUUGAAAUGCUAGUCCAAGAAGCCCGUGCUCUUGUCUCCAUUGUUGGAGAACCUAUCCAGCGUCUGGGUGCUUACAUGGUAGAAGGCCUGGUGGCAAGGAAGGAGUCUUCUGGCACCAACAUCUACCGUGCCUUGAGGUGCCAGAAGCCAGAAAGCAAGGAACUUCUUUCUUACAUGCGAAUCUUAUAUGAUAUCUGCCCUUACUUCAAAUUUGGUUACAUGGCAGCCAAUGGAGCAAUUGCUGAAGCACUGAGGAAUGAGGACAGAAUCCACAUUAUAGACUUUCAAAUUGCUCAAGGGACUCAGUGGAUCACUCUAAUACAGGCAUUAGCUGCUAGGCCUGGGGGUCCUCCACAUGUUCGGAUCACGGGGAUCGAUGAUCCGGUGUCAGAAUAUGCCCGAGGAGAUGGUUUACAGCUUGUUGGGAAGAUGUUGUCUGAUAUGUCCAAGAAGUUCAACAUCCCUUUGGAGUUCCAUAGUCUUUCUGUCUAUGGACCACAGGUCACCAGAGAGAUGCUAGACAUUCGACCAGGUGAAGCACUUGCCGUGAAUUUUACUCUUCAGCUCCACCACACCCCCGAUGAAAGCGUUGACGUGAACAACCCCAGGGAUGGGUUGCUGAGGAUGGUGAAGGGGUUGUCACCAAAAGUGACUACUUUGGUGGAGCAGGAGUCCAACACCAACACAACCCCAUUCUUGACGAGAUGCAUGGAGACAUUGGAUUACUACUCUGCAAUGUUCGAAUCAAUUGAUGUGACGCUGCCAAGGGAUAGCAAAGAGAGGAUAAAUGUGGAGCAGCACUGCCUGGCAAAGGACAUAGUUAAUAUCAUUGCAUGCGAAGGGGAGGAGAGGGUGGAGAGACAUGAGCUGCUUGGGAAGUGGAGAUCCAGACUGACCAUGGCAGGAUUCAAGCCUUUCCCACUAAGCUCUUAUGUGAAUUCGGUGAUAAAGAAUCUGCUGGGAUGUUACUCUGAUAAGUAUACAUUGGUGGAGAAAGAUGGUGCAAUGUUAUUGGGUUGGAAGAAUAGGAACCUGAUCUCAGCAUCUGCAUGGCACUGAUUGUAGAACUUUAGGCAGAUAAAUUUAGGAAAACAGGUCAGCCAAUAAUGGACGAUCCCAUUAAGUUUUGUGUGAUCCUAGUGUUGUAUCUACAUGAUGCUGGUUCAUUUAUUUCUUUAUAUGUAUGUACAUGUGAAUGCUGCAUCUGAUGUUGUAAUCCUUGCAUAGGGCAGGACAGUCUUUUGAGCGAGUUGAGGAAGUUAAUUUUUCUGUUCUCUAUUUUGUUUGUUUAUUUAUUUAUAACUAGGAUUUGUAGAAGCCUGGCUGAUUUACCAACUCAGCCCAGCCACUUGGCAUCCUUUGCUUUGUUCAUGAGAUUACUAAUUUAUUCAUUUAUUU